AUGCACGGCGAUCUAAUUUCACUAGACGAAUCAGCGCCUAUCAUCAAUAAUCUAUCCAAUCAAUUUCACGGCGUUGACGGUGUACUCGUUCUCGAUAAAUCUCAAUUCUGUAUCGGCGCCAGUGGCUCUCUCAAGCAGUCUGAUGCCUCUGUCGUCGCUGAGUUGACCGAUAACGUGUGCACAACCUUCAACAACGUCUACAAAAUCCAUCUUAGCGAUAAUCCUACUUAUACCUCCUCAACAACCAACGAAUCACUUUAG